GAGACCGAUAGGCUGCAGCAGCAGCUGCUGCUGGGCAGGAAAGCUGCUGGAGCCUGGGGGUUGAAGCUACAGUUGAGGCGAUGGCGCACGAAGGCCCGAGGCAGGUCCGAGACCGCGGGGUGACCCGAUCCAAGGCGGAAAAGGUGCGGCCACCUACGGUUCCGGUGCCACAGGUGGACAUCGUGCCUGGGCGGCUCACUGAGGCCGAAUGGAUAGCAUUCACGGCUCUCGAAGAGGGCGAGGACGUGGUGGGUGACAUCCUGGCUGAUCUGGUGGCCCGAGUCAUGGACUCGGCCUUUAAAGUCUAUCUGACCCAGCAGUGCAUUCCAUUCACCAUCAGUCAGGCACGCGAGGCCAUGCUGCAGAUCACCGAGUGGCGCUUUUUGGCUCGGGACGAGGGAGAAUCUGCAGUGGCAGAGGACCCCACAUGGGGCGAGGAUGAGGAGCCCUUGGCUUGCACGACGGAUGCCUGGGCUCAGGGAUCCGUGCCAGUGCUGCACGCCCGGGCCUCGGUGGGGCUGGAGGAGAUGUCUCAAGGCGAAGUAGCCCAGCCUCCAGCUGCCGCCCACCUCUCACAAGCCGCCCCCGAUCCGUUACUCACCCCUAACCUCCACCCCUGUGCAUUUCCCCAGGACCAAGAGAGCGUGGACCAGAUUCCUCUAGGAGGAUCGUGGACGGAUUCAGGUUCUCAGGAGCGGAUGGAAUCUUGGGAGCUAACAGACACUCCGGGCUCUCCACCCACGCCCGAGUUGCUUCAGGAGACAGGGUCCCGGGGUCCUUUGGAGAAACUGGGUGACCAGUCGAGGAGCGACCAGACUGACCUGUUUGCAGUCGGAUCCUCGAACUCGAGCAGCCAACUGUCGAUGGAGAUGGUGCCGGCAGGCAGUACCCACGCUUCUCUGGAGCUGUCCUUGGUAGCCAGCCCUCAGGCCUCUGUCGAGCGGGCACAGCCCAUCAGCUCUCAGUUCUCUCUCGAGGACCUCUACAGUUGCACGCCCCAGCCGCACGCGGCUGGAGACCGGCUGGAACUCAGGGAGGAGAAGGUGCCCCUCAUCCCCUCGCGGGUGUUGGUGUCUGAUGCUUCCGAGGGCGGCCCCACCACGCUCAACCCCUCGGCGGGAUUCCAGCCGCAGCCGCCGUGGCUGGCUGACGAGCAGCCCAGCGCACUUCACUCCAGAACUGGCCGUAAGGGGGCAAUGACGCGUCUGGACCCCGCCCGGCUGCCGCGCCCCUGGGUGCGCCCGCUGUCGGAGGUCCUGGUCCCAGACUCGGAGGGCCGCCCCCUGGAGGCCUACCGGCGGCGCCAGCGGGGCAAGAAGACCGAGGCCCCAGCCGGACCGCAAGCCUCCCUCCCCAGCUUCCGCGUCUCCGGGUCAGAGUUCUUCCCUUUCCCACCUGGCGUUCCUGUCCGAGCUUUGGGCCCCGGUCUCAGCCUCCAGUUCCCUACUCUAAGCUUAGGCCUACCGUCGCCAGGCUUUGGUUCAAAGCUUCCCUUCCCCAGUCCCGGGCUCCGUUUUCUCGCCACACACAGGGCGCGCCCGGACAUGGCACGCAGCCCCAGCCCCAAGCUAUGGCCGAGUGCUAAGUGGCCCAGCGGCUGGGAGAGGGAGGCCGAACUGCUGGGUGAGCUCUGGGCCGGCCGCACCCGUGUGCCUCCGCAGGGCCUGGGCCCUGGGGACCGGGAAAGCCAGGAUCCUCACCAAUGUCUUCAUCCCGUGCCUCAAGUUCUGGAGGCCACGUCCCAGGUGACCUGGAAGCCCGUGUUACUGCCGGGAGCACUGAAGCUGGCUCCUGGUGUGAGCAUGUGGAACCCAAGCACGCAGGUGCUGCUUAGCUCCGCUGAGGCCCAACGGGACGACAGAGAAGGCAGCGCCUCUCCUCCCAUCCACACAGGUGCCCCGAAGCCGCAGGUGACUGUGGCACAGCUAAUGAACUCAGCCCUCAAAAUGUGGUCACUCCCCUCCAAGCGCCUGCCCCAUUCUAAGCCCUAGGCAGUGGGAAUUCUACCUUCCUUCUGUCUGCUUGCCAGAAAUAAACAGCUGAGUUGCCUUAAAAAUUGGCCUGAUGUCCAGCAGUUCCU